AUGAGAGUCUACCAGGCCUUCUUGGUUGUGAUCACUUUUGCCCCCAGUAACAAAGCUAUUUCGACCGCAAGCGACGCAAAGGUGUUAAGAAUUGACACAGCAGAUACUGUACAGUCAAGCAUUCCUGAUCUGAAGGUAGUUGGCCAAAGGUUUUUUCGUCGUGAAAAUUCCAUGCAUGAAGACGACGACAACGAGGAGAAGAUGUCCGGGUCGCCGAGCAAAGAUGAAGCCAUCAGAGAAUUUUUCGAUCGCGCGGAAUCCUGGAACACUUUCGUGCAUACUGCGGUGAAAUUGCAUGAAAUAGAGGAGAGACUUAAAAGAAUAAGAGAGAUUGAACGUUUGCGGGAGGCUAAUAAUGCAGGCACAAGCAAGACAAAGGGGGAUGAUGCUGAAAAGAAAUCUAGGAAAGAAUUCCUUUGGGUCGUAGCGAGUCGUUAA